AUGUCUGAGAAAGCAAUUGCUUCUGCCCUUAAUGAAUUAGCUGACUGUGAAGUUGACGUCGAGAAAGCUGAAGAGGAUAUUGAACUUUAUCGAAUACGAAGACUAAAACCAAUUUACGCCAAGAGAGAUGCAAUUAUAAGUCGUAUUCCCAGUUUUUGGAGUAUUGUUCUGUCGCAACACAGCGAUUUCGCAGAUUAUAUCAGAGCCUCAGACUUCAAAUACGUCGAUGCAAUCGAGAGCGUGAUUGUAGAUUGGAAAACUCCUCAGGAUUUUGAAAUCGAAAUUAAGAUUAAAGCGAUUGAGAGUGAAUUCGAGGUUCAGGUUGUAAAGAAACAUUUUAUUAUGAAAGGUGAAACUCUGACGAGCCAGGCAGUUGAGAUCGGCAUCUCGGGUACACUAGAAAAAAGAGCUUUAUCGAUUGGUUCGGCUGGACAGGCAAUUCUGAUGCAAAGGAAUUUGCUAACGGUGGCGAGCUUGCCAAUCUCUUUAGCGAGGAUAUCUAUCCGUACUGCGUCAAAUACUAUACAGAAGCUCAACGAGAUGUCGAAGAUGAAGAGAGCGGCGAUAGCGAUAGUGAAGGGGAACUCAUUUAAUAGCAAUUGA